AUGCCGCCGCAAAACGCCCCCGCCUCAGACGGAGCUCCCCAAGGCCAGAUCAACCUUGCUUCCCUGUCCGUCCCUCAACUCCGCGCGCUCCAAACCCGUCUCACCUCCGAACUCGAACACCUGACGACCUCGCACUCGAAGCUCCGUGCGGCCCAGGCCAGGUUCCGCGACUGCGUGCGCUCCAUUACCCACGGUGUGACUGGCGAUGAGAAGACUGGGACCGCCGGUCGCGACGAGAUCCUGGUGCCCCUGACCAGCUCGCUAUACGUCAAGGGCCGGUUGGCGGAUCGUGAGAAGGUGCUUGUUGAUGUUGGAACUGGUUUCUACAUUGAGAAGACUACGGCUAAGGCUGUUGAAUUUUACGACGGUAAGGUCAAGGGCUUGGAGACGAACUUGCAGGAGUUGGAGAAGAUUGUACAAACCAAGAGCACGCAAUUGCGUGUUGUGGAAGAGAGUGAGUUUAUCUCUGGGGAGAUUGGAGAUGUGCUUUCAAUCGCCUUACGUCCACUUGUUGCAUAUGCUAAUAUUUACCCUGUAGCAUUGAGACAAAAGAUGCUCGCCGGAGAAGGUGCCCCUACUCAGGCGGCUGCCGCGGGCUAA